AAUUUAUUCUCUCCUUUAAAAAAAUUAAGGAAUACUUUGAAAGAAAGAAACUUAAGUCAAAGAUGAAGCUUCUGGAAGUAUCAUCUCCUAAAAGUUCAGCAGUCAGUUUGGAUCUUCUUAAUCUUUAUGUGGUUAAUCAGAUAUCAACCAAAAAAGACAACACUGAGAACAUGAGGAAGCCAGUCCACAUCGAUAUCACUGAAGAUGAAAAAAAACCUAUUAGGAGACAUAACUUAGAGCUUCCCAUGUCACCCCAACGUACACAACAUAAAUCAAACUUAGAUGAUCUCCAGAGCAGGUUACAAAAGCAAGUAUUGGCCAGCAGAAGACAGCAUCUCUCAGAAAAAGUAAAAUAUCAGCAUAAUCUGUCACAAGUAACAGAACUAGGCUAUGUUGAUUCUAGUAUGGGAAAUGAAGACAACAUGGCAAGAGUUUUUAGUGCUUGUCCGUUGUCCUCUGGUUUUCAGUUCUCUAACCAUACACAGCUUUCAGAAGAAAAUUUCAACACAAAACUAAUGGGCAACAUUUGGGAACAGACCAAUGAAAAGAAGCUGCAAAACCAGCCAGGAAACAGCUUUGAUCAAGACCCUUGGAAUACAAAACCUCCAAGCCAGUGUAUUUACAGGAAGUCUGAUACAGUGCCUCAGGAACUGUUUGAGCCAUUUCAUAGGCUAGACCAUAUGAAUUCUGCCAGGAAAAAUCCAGUGAUAAUGGCCAGUAAUGAAUCAGAAAACUGUGAAGGAAUAAAAGAACCAGUAUUUGAUGUUGUGAAAGAAACUGCAGAACUGAAAGAUCCCCAAGAUGGAAGUGGUUGUUCCUUUCUGGCACUAUUUGAAGAUGAGAGUCAACCAAUCCAUAAUAAUCCGUCCGCAAAGCAUUUUAAUCCUUUUUCUAACCAAAGCAAUACUGACAUUUUUUUCACUGUUCCUGAUGUUAGAAAUCAAAUGACCAACAGAAAUUAUUCUCAUGACACUAGAAAGGUUUAUCCUGCAAUCAAUGCAAAAGAAAAGUCUGUAGACAGACACCUUGAAGGCAUUUUCACAGCUCCAGAACAGGUUUUCCUUAAAAGCAACAAUGCCUCAAGUGCAAGCUACAAGGAAACCAGUGGACUUCCUAAAACCCACCUGCAGAACUGUCAUGAGGGACAGCGCUACUUCAUACCCCGUGAAAAGAAAGGAAAAAAAGCAAACCUUGAAAAAAUUGAGACAUUUGCUUAUCACCAUGAUCAGCACAAUAGCUUAAAGGAGAAUGUGCAGAAUUAUUCAAGAAAAAAAAGUGAUGACAAGUCUGUGAAAGAAACAGCCUGGAGUGAGAACCAUUUCUUUGUAUUUGAAGAGUUCACAACAGCACAAGAGGAAGGGUGUAAGUUUGGAGUGAGUUCAUAUCUUCAUGAGAUGGAGAUGGAUGUGGAGUCACCACUCAGCAGCCAAUCUCACUCUCCAAGGCAGACUGAGAGCUAUUUGAGCUCUAGUCCUGACACAUCUGAAGAAGAAGACACAGCCAAAAAGAAGGAAUAUCUGAAUGAGCAGUCCUUGAAGACACACGAUGCCAACCUAUUCUCAGCCUCAGCACGCAGAGAGGCCCCCAAGAGCUCUCACACCCAAACUGCGGCUAUGCAGCCCAGCAGUACUUUGGCUAGAGAAGAAGCAAACAAUCGUCAGGAGAAAGACUCUAAUUUUUGUGCCACAGAGGAGGAAAAUAAAACCGACACAGCCCUGUCUCAGGGCUCGUUACACCGCGCCCUUAAGAGGGAGCAUGUCACUCGCAGCACCAGGUGCGAUGUUUGGUCGCAGACCGAGCGCUCUGUGACAGAAGUAGAGAAGGUGGAUGUGGCCACGCAGUGCAGCACCUUGAGGGUAUGCACCUGCGGAGGGUCCCUCCCCGCUGCCCGCAGCCCAGGCGGGGUCCCUCCUCCCAGCACCGCCGGCACCGCAGGAGAGCACGCACGGCCAGUGCAGGAGGUGCCGCAGCCCGCGGGCACCGGCAGCGCGGCCGGGACAGACGCCUUCUCUUCUGAGGUCGAGUACCUGAGUUUGGCUGGCAGGAGGACUCUAGAGGUGCUGAACUACAUUGAUAAAAUGAAGGGGAGAGAUAAACAGUGAUCAACUAUAAUGGCAUAUAACGAACACAAAAGUUUUGUCCUGUUCUCAGUGUGUUCCAUUCAGUUGGCAUAUUUUGACUUUUCUAGCCUGGUUAGACAGAAGAUAUUUUUACUGUUUGUUUGCUUUAACUAUGGAUUUCUGUCUGCCUACUGCUGUCUCAAAGUAUGGGUUUCCAUAGAUAUCCAACUGUUAACAAAGGAUUUUACAAUAGCCUAGUAAAUACAAACAUUAGGAAUUAGAUUGGCUUCCUCACCAUAUAUCCAUAUAUCCAUAUAUCCAUAUAUCCAUAUAUCUGUAGUUUGGAAUUGAUUGACUAUGUUUCUUUUAAGAUAGUGGAAAGAUGUUGUUCUACUUCAAAACAUAUUUAGUGUAGCUCUGAGUUUAGAGCCAUUGUCUGAUUCUUACCCAUUUUAACAGACAAACUUGCCUUUGCCAUGUGUUCAUACUAAACACAAAAAUAGGAAGCAACAGGAAAUGUACAUCUGCACACAUAGAAUGGAAGGUAAUUUAAAAAGAACUAAUUUAUUAAUUUUUUUAAAUGCUCUCUUUUCCUUCCACAGCAGAUCCAUUCAUUCAUUUUCUGGCUGUUAAUACUAACAAAUCUUUCAUGUGUUUCUGUAUUCUGUCUGUAAAUUGAAAAUCUGAAUUACUUUCUUCUUCAUUUCAGUAUUUGUAUGGAGCUACA